AUGGGGAACGCAGGGAGCAUGGACCAGCACACUGAUUUCAGAGGACACAACAUGCCUCUGAAACUGCCCAUGCCCGAGCCAGGUGAACUGGAGGAGAGAUUUGCAACCGUUUUGAACUCGAUGAAUCUUCCUCCAGACAAAGCACGACUGUUGCGGCAGUAUGACAACGAGAAGAAGUGGGAACUCAUCUGUGAUCAGGAGCGAUUCCAAGUGAAAAACCCGCCUCACACGUAUCUCCAAAAGCUGAGGAGUUAUCUAGACCCAGCAGUCACAAGAAAGAAAUUCAGACGAAGAGUUCAGGAGUCCACUCAAGUCCUGAGAGAACUGGAAAUUUCGUUACGUACCAAUCACAUAGGGUGGGUUCGAGAAUUCUUAAAUGAAGAGAACAAAGGCCUGGACGUGCUGGUGGAGUAUCUUUCUUUUGCACAGUAUGCCGUCACGUUUGAUGGAGACUGUGCGGAGAACAACCCAGAGGCUGUGAUGGAUAAGUCUAAGCCCUGGAGCCGCUCUAUAGAAGACCUGCAUGGAGGAAGCACCUUGCCUUCUCCCAUCACUGGGAACGGCAUCACACGUGCUGGACGACAUUCCACAUUACGUUCCAACACACUGCCGAGCCGGAGAACUCUGAAAAACUCCAGACUGGUCUGCAAGAAAGACGACGUCCACGUCUGCAUCAUGUGCCUGCGUGCUAUUAUGAACUACCAGUAUGGCUUCAACAUGGUCAUGUCACACCCACAUGCUGUGAAUGAAAUUGCACUAAGUCUCAACAAUAAAAACCCAAGAACUAAAGCUCUGGUCUUGGAGCUCCUGGCGGCAGUUUGUCUCGUGAGAGGAGGCCAUGAAAUUAUUCUCUCCGCGUUCGACAACUUUAAGGAGGUGUGUAUAGAGACGCAGCGGUUUGAGAGGCUAAUGGAGUAUUUCAAGAACGAGGACAACAACAUCGACUUCAUGGUGGCCUGUAUGCAGUUCAUCAACAUAGUUGUGCACUCAGUGGAGGACAUGAACUUUAGAGUUCAUCUACAGUUCGACUUCACCAAACUGUGUCUGGACGACUACUUAGACAAACUAAAGCACACAGAGAGCGAUAAGCUGCAGGUUCAGAUCCAGGCCUACUUGGAUAAUGUGUUUGACGUGGGAGCCCUUCUGGAGGAUGCGGAGACCAAAAACGCUGCCCUGGAGCGCGUGGAGGAGCUGGAGGAGAACAUGUCACAUAUGACGGAGAAGCUGCAGGACAUGGAGAACGAGGCCAUGUCCAAGAUCGUGGAGCUGGAGAAGCAGCUGAUGCAAAGGAACAAGGAGCUUGAAUCUAUCAGGGAAGUCUACAAAGACACAAGUUCGCAGGUACACUCGCUGCGACAGAUGGUAAAGGAGAAGGAUGAGGCCAUCCAGCGGCAGAGUAACCUGGAAAAGAAGAUCCACGAACUGGAGAAACAAGGCACCAUCAAGAUCCACAAGAAGGGAGACGGUGACAUCUCCAUCCUGCCCUCGCUACCUUCCGGUGUGGAGCACUUGCCAGGCGCCGUGAUGGGAGGAAACAGUGCUGCUGUCGGUUCAAACCACGUGGGAGUCGUAGGGGGCACGUCUGCUACCCCACCACAGCCUCCCCAACCCCCUCCUCUGCCAGUGAACGGCACAUUGUCAAACGGACCAUCAUCGGCCGUUCCUGCACCAGCAGCUCCCCCACCUCCGCCACCUCCCCCUCCACCUCCGCUUCCUCCCCCAGGGCCGGCCUCGUUAAUCUCAGCACCUCUGCCUCCUCCGCCUCCUCCUGCAGCCCCACCACUGCCCGGCUGUGGGACGCCCACUGUUAUCAUGAACUCUGGGUUAGCAGCUGUUAAGAUCAAGAAACCCAUCAAGACAAAGUUCUGUAUGCCCGUCUUCAACUGGGUAGCCCUGAAACCAAACCAGAUCAACGGGACUGUCUUCAAUGAGAUUGAUGAUGAGAGGAUACUCGAGGACCUAAACGUGGACGAGUUCGAGGAGAUGUUUAAGACGAAAGCUCAGGGCCCGGCAAUCGACCUCACCAUGACCAAGCAGGUCAGUCAAAAGGGGCCCAACAAGGUGAUGCUACUGGGCUCCAACAGAGCGAAGAACCUGGCCAUCACACUGAGGAAAGUGGGCAAGACUCCCGAGGAGAUCUGCAAAGCCAUUCAGAUCUUUGACCUACGAACUCUGCCGGUGGACUUCGUGGAGUGUCUGAUGCGCUUCCAGCCUACUGAGAAUGAAAUUAAAGUCCUGCGGCAGUUUGAGAAGGAGCGCAAGCCACUGGAGAGCCUGACGGAUGAAGACCGCUUCAUGAUGCAGUUCAGUAAAAUUGAGCGGCUCAUGCAGAAAAUGACCAUCAUGGCCUUCAUCGGCAACUUCUGUGAGAGCAUACAGAUGCUAACGCCGCAACUUCAUGCCGUCAUCGCAGCAUCUGUGUCCAUCAAGUCAUCACAGAAGCUGAAGAAAAUCCUAGAGAUUAUCUUGGCUCUUGGAAACUACAUGAACAGCAGCAAAAGAGGGGCAGUGUACGGAUUCAAGCUGCAAAGUUUAGACUUGCUACUUGAUACCAAGUCGACGGACCGUAAAUUAACGCUGUUACACUACAUAGCCAACGUGGUAAAGGAGAAAUAUGCGCAAGUUUCUCUCUUCUACAACGAGCUGCACUAUGUGGAGAAAGCUGCAGCAGUGUCGUUGGAGAACGUCCUGUUGGAUGUUAAGGAGUUAAACAGAGGCUUGGAGCUGACCAAAAGAGAGUACAGCAUGCACGGCCACAACACCAUGCUCAAAGACUUCAUUGCACACAAUGAGAGCAAGUUGAAGAAGCUACAGGAUGAUGCCAAGAUUGCACAGGAUGCCUUUGACGAGGCAGUGAAGUUCUUCGGGGAGAACUCCAAAACAACGCCGCCCUCCGUCUUCUUCCCUGUGUUUGUCCGAUUUGUUAAGGCUUACAGGCAAGCAGAGGAGGACAACGAGCAGAAAAGGAGGCAAGAGCAGAUUAUGAUGGAGAAACUUCUGGAACAGGAGGCCAUGAUGGAGCAAAACCAGAAGUCUCCAUCUCAUAAGAACAAGCGGCAGCAGCAAGAGCUGAUCCAGGAGCUCAGGAGGAAACAGGUGAAAGACAGCCGCCACGUCUACGAAGGCAAAGAUGGAGCGAUUGAGGACAUCAUCACGGCCCUAAAGAAGAAUAAUAUUACUAAAUUUCCCAAUGUCCACUCGAGGGUAAGGAACUCGUCCAGUAGCACCCCUGUAGUGGUGGAUGUGUCCCAAACCUGAUUUGAGGAAUCAGCCUUACAGGCGAGCAGACGCCGUGCGGAGGAGUGUCAGGAGGCGCUUUGAUGAUCAGAACCUGCGGCCGGUGAACAACGGCGAAGUGGUCAUGUGACGAGGGAACAGUGCAUGUGCUGGGAGGGGGGGAAGAUGUGUAACGUCAAGAUUGGGAGAGAUGGGAGGUUUGAUACAGAUUGAAGGAUGAGUGACAAGUGUUGUAGCAACCAUAGAGAUGACUAUGUAUAUAUAUUACAUAAGAAUACACGUUAUUCCAUGUCUGUGGUACAGGAGCAGUGUUUCACUAUGAAGGACUGGGGCAUGUGGGGGACUGAAAUUUAAAGUGUCUGAAAAGGUUGAUGCAGAAAACCUUAGACGAGCCAAGUGCCUGAACUUAUUUUUGUGGGAUAAUGUCACGCUGUCCUCUGUUUGUCUGAUGGCUGUUUUUUUAAAUAUUCCCCACGUCAAGCAAUACGAUGUGACCUGGCUUUAAUUUUAAAAGAAAGUGUAGAAGUGGACUUGUGGUGGACUUAAGAGCCACACAAAGAGAGGCUCCCUUGGAAAUCGUAAUGUAGAAUGUAUGGGACGUGUUCCCUUUAGCUGUUACAAAUAUUACAUCUUCUAGUGUUGAGUGUGACUCUCUGUAGUAUCUCGGUACAUUCCGGUGCUCUUUUUCAUUCUUCUACUUUACAAACUUGUUUUCAACCUGCACCUUUUUUUUUUACAUCUCAUGAGGCUUUUCAACUUUGACUAAAAAGGGCUGAUGAUCAGGCACGAAGAAGGUGAUCAGAAAAUCCUUAAAAUUCUAUAUUUAUACUAAAAAUAAGUAUAAGGAUGACGAAGAAUGAAAGAAAAAGACAUCAACAGUAAUUCAUUUCAACACGAGACUGGGCUAAUGUGAAUUGUAUAUAUCAGGCGUCUCCAUGCAGACUUCUCUUUUAUAAGUUGUUACAACGCUUAAUGGAUCAAUCCAGAAUUUGAAGCUCUUAAUUCAUAAAAGUAGGCUGCCUGCUCACAUAAAAAGAUCUACUGUCCUUUUAAAAUGUUACAUUUCUGUAGCUGCACAGCAAUUUGUUUGGUUUCUGGGAACAAAUAAAAGCCUGUAAAGCAACAAAGAAUACUUUUUCUACCAAACUGCACAAAAUAUACUGAACCCAACUGGAUGAUCUUAUUGUCAGAACUGGACACAACUUUGCAUUUCAUCCAUCUACUCUUUUCUUUUUUACAGAUUAAUUAUAUUCUAGGCUACUGUGUCUACUCACUUUAUUGUAAUUUUAAUGUAUAGUAUUUAACCACUGAAAGGAUUCCUUUAAGCUCAUGUUUUCAUCUAAAUGUGUGUCAUGGCAAAACAAGUACACAACACAAAAAAAAAUCCUAAAUGUACAGAUAUUUUGCUACAAACCUUGUUUUCUUUUUUUUUUUUUACUUAAUUCACAUUACCAGAUGGUUAAUAUUGUACAUAUUGUUUAAACAAAAGUUUUCAUUGCCUUGUGCUAUACAACUUGAAUGUUAUUUUAACUUAUAGUUUGUUUCAAUUUUUGUAUAUUUAAUUAAGCCAAAUGAAUCUACAGUAGUGUGUUGAAUCAUAAUGUCUCACUGUCAGGAGGCAGCAGAUCACUGAAUUUGCUUGUGGGUGUAUCACAAAGCCAGUUACAAAAACAUGCAACAUGUUCCAGAUGUUGGUACAUUUGGACAGAUGUAAGCUCUUAAAUCAGACACAUUGUGUCUAAUAAAACUAGUUUCUAUUAGUUGACCUGUGAUUAGCUGGUUUUGUGGCUUUGUGAUACACCCUCCUGUAAUUAUCUCCACUGAAGCACGUGCUGCCGAUCAUCUCUCUUCUCUCAACUUCACUGUCUGUAAUAGUGACAUUUCUCUAACUGGAUAAUACUGGCAUGUGUUUUUUUUUUUUUUACUUUCACCAGAAAUGUAUUUUAGGCAGUUUGUGCUUAUUACAAAAUAACAAGCUUUUUUUUUUUUAAAUUAGGUGAUAUGAGAUUUUCAACGAAUAUGAUCAAAUAAACUAUUUACAUUGGUUUA